ACAACGACUGUCGAAUAAUUGUGAUUGUAAAAAUGUUCAACCGAAAGUUAUUAGGCCAGUUGUUUGUCUUGUUUUUGGGCACACAAAGUACUUAUAUGAAGAUAGACGAUAAAAAAUUACUUCGCAUCGUUGGAGGACUAAAUAUUUCUCACGGUAAAUACCCAUAUGUAGCAAGACUGGAACUUUUAAGAUUUACUGCAGCUAAACCUCGCCGAGCUCACAUUUGUACGUGUUCUAUAUUGACACCAACCUGGUCUUUAACAGCAUCUCACUGCUCUCUUAGUUUAUCCAAGGCACCUAACUUUAGCUUAGUGAUACGGUACGGCAGCACUUUGCCGUUGGACGAGAAAGGAAAUUAUAGCAAUGUUCUUAAGUUUGUACCUCAUCCAUCUUUCAAAUUUUUGGGUGACACAAAAAAUGUUUAUAAUUUGGAAAAUGAUAUAGCACUCUUGAAGACAGAUCCAGUAAUGUUGCCUAAAUAUGGCAGAGUCAGUGCCGUAGAUUACAUGAGUCUUUUUGGCUUCAAAGCUGUUGUGGCUGGAUUUGGGCGAACAAAUUAUACGAAGUUAAAUAAAAUAUUUUUCGCUAGCACGCUACGAUUGAACAUGCCAUUACAAAGUCUCAAUGUACUUAUAAAACGUUGUGCUAAUGAUAUUUCUGUGAAAGUAUACCCAGGAAUUUGUUUAGCCAGAAAAUGUGGUCAAACAGUCAGCGUUUGCGCAGGAGAUUCCGGAGGUCCGCUUAUCCAUAAUUCCCAGAUCAUUGGUGUAAAUUCACUGGCACCUCUUAUGGACUGUAGUGAUAAAAUUGAAGAUCGUCUUAAAAGUCGUCAUGUAGGUAUCAUUACCGCCGCUAGUCCCUUUACAGAGUGGAUUGGGGAGGUUAUAAAUGAAAAUACGGUGGCCUCUUCCCACACUGAUGGGAAAAUAGCGUGAAGUAUAAUAUUGCCAUAGGUGGAAACCUGUGAUUGCCUUUAUGUUUAUAUUCCUGAUUUUAUUAAAUGUAAGAAGCUGUUGGUUUUCCACGAAUGAAUAAAUAUAUAUCAGAAUGUAACUACAAGGGAAACGUUCUGGGAAAUACCUUUGUAUUUGACUUGUAUUUGAUAAUUGGCCUAUACAUUAUCGAUUCGUUCAGCCGGCGGUGAAAUAAUA